AUGUCUUCCUCACUACCUGAGCAACACUCAGAAGCCCCCGAGCCACUACAUCCACUCGAGACCGAAACGCUAGACACCCUUCGCAGCCGGGGCAUUACUGAACAUCCUCAUGCCCUGGAGCCCAACUACCCAGCUAUCGGACACAACGAUAAUCCCGUAUUUCCCGAGGAAUAUGUCGUCGAAACAAGCACUGGCCUUGUCCCUCAGAGGACUCUCGAGCAAAUCCGAUCCAAUGGAUCUGUCUCAUCUACCGAAGUUGCGACACCCGCAAACGAAAGAGACGCAGACCUCGAAAAAGGCGGAAAUGGCCCCACAGAGUUCGUAACAUUUACAAUCAAUGACCCCGAACAUCCUUACAACUGGUCUCGCGCCUACCGAUGGUACAUCACCAUGGUAGCCUCAGCCCUAGUCGUAUGCGUCGCCUUCGGCUCCUCAAUCGUCACCGGUGGUCUUGAUCUAAUCGAGGACCAAUACAAUGUCUCCCUUGAAGUAGCAAUCCUAACCUGCUCAAUCAUGGUCUGUGGUUUCGCAGUCGGCCCACUCCUCUGGUCCCCCCUCUCCGAGAUCAUAGGCCGAAGACCCGUCUAUAUCAUCUCACUCGGUCUAUACGUCAUCUUCAACAUCCCCUGCGCCCUCUCCCCAAACAUUGGCGGCCUCCUCGUGUGCAGAUUCCUCUGCGGCGUCUUCUCCAGCUCAGGACUCUCCCUAGCAGGAGGCACAAUCGCAGAUAUCUGGAGCAUCGAAGAGCGCGGCAUGGCAAUCGCCUACUUCGCUGCAGCCCCAUAUUGCGGGCCCGUCCUCGGACCCAUAGUAACAGGCUGGAUCAACGUCGGCACCGGCCGUCUUGACCUCUUCUUCUGGGUGAAUCUAGCAUUCGCAGGCGCAAUAAUGGUGCUCGUCGCCCUAGUACCGGAGACAUACGCCCCGAUAAUCCUCAAACGCCGCGCCGCAAAGCUCCGCAAAGAAACAGGAAACCCGAACAUCAUCACCGAGCAAGAAAAGACGAAACUCACGUUGGGCGAUAUCGCUCGCACAAGCCUCAUCCGUCCCAUCACGAUGAUCAUGACCGAGCCAGUCCUCGACCUCAUGUGCAUGUAUAUCGUCCUCAUCUACGCCAUGCUGUAUGCCUUCUUCUUCGCAUACCCAGUCAUUUUUGGCAACUUGUACAACUACAAUGACGGCCAGAUCGGCCUCAUGUUCAUACCGAUCUUGAUUGGCGCUGCGUUCGCACUUGUCGUCACACCUCUCAUUGAGAAUAAUUUCAAGAAAAUUUGCAGUCUUCGCGCACCAACACCUGAAGAUCGACUCAUUGCUGCUUUGAUUGGCGCGCCGUUUAUUCCAAUUGCGUUUUUCUUGCUCGGUGCUACUUCCUACAAGCAUAUCAUUUGGGUCGGGCCUGCCUCUUCUGGCAUUGCUUUCGGGUUUGGAAUGGUGCUUUGCUAUUAUGCUGUCAAUAAUUAUAUUAUUGAUUCUUAUCAGAAGUAUGCCGCUUCUGCUUUGGCUGCUAAGGUUUUCUUGAGGUCUGGUGGUGGAGCGGCUUUCCCGCUGUUUACAACUCAGAUGUAUGAUCGUCUGGGCUUGCAGUGGGCUUCUUGGUUGCUUGCUUUCAUUGGAGUUGCUAUGGUGUUUAUCCCCUAUGUCUUCUACGUGUUUGGUGCUCGCUUGCGGGCGAAGCUUUCUCGGGACUAG